UUCCCUCAUCCAAUCACAUGGUUAGGAAUGCUCGAAAUGGGUGCCGUCUAUUUGCCAGUCACAGAAAACUGGCGUAAAUUUUACGUGAAUUGCGAACGUGACGCAAGCAACCAGAAUCAGUAUGCAGCUCAUGGAGUGAUCCGAAUCGCUAAAGAAUUAUCGGAAAAUUUGUUGCAGUCUGAAAGGUUUGUUCAAGGCAGUGGAUCUCAGACUCUCGUCUUUUGUUCCCAGUUGUGA